GGAAAAACCUCCGACGAGGAGACUUCGGUCACGGUCCUCAUCCCCCCGCUUCCCUCUCCCUCCCCUCCGGGGACCACCAGGCGCCACGCCACGAACUUAAUAGCUCUUCAAGUCUGCAAUAAAAAAUGGCGUCCAAUAAAACUACAUUGCAAAAAAUGGGAAAGAAACAGAAUGGAAAGAGUAAAAAAGUUGAAGAGGCAGAACCUGAAGAAUUUGUGGUAGAAAAAGUACUGGACCGACGUGUAGUGAAUGGGAAGGUGGAGUAUUUCCUGAAGUGGAAGGGAUUUACAGAUGCAGACAAUACUUGGGAACCCGAAGAAAAUUUAGAUUGUCCAGAGUUAAUUGAAGCAUUUCUUAAUUCUCAAAAAGCUGGUAAAGAAAAAGAUGGAACAAAAAGAAAAUCUUUAUCUGACAGUGAAUCUGAUGAUAGCAAAUCAAAGAAGAAAAGAGAUGCUGCUGAUAAACCAAGAGGUUUUGCCAGAGGUCUUGACCCAGAGCGAAUAAUUGGUGCCACAGACAGCAGUGGAGAAUUAAUGUUUCUCAUGAAAUGGAAAGAUUCAGAUGAGGCGGACUUGGUGCUGGCAAAAGAGGCAAAUAUGAAGUGUCCUCAAAUUGUAAUUGCUUUUUAUGAGGAGAGACUAACUUGGCAUUUUUGGGGAAGCUGUUGGGGACUUGAAGAAAGAAACUUCUUGAAAAUGGCUAUUCCUGCCUUUUGUGAAGAGAUUAUGCUAGGAAUCCAGGAGUAG